CCGACAUUUCGUGUGGUCGCUGCAGCCUGCGGAGAGACGAGAGCGAGAGCAGGAGAAAAAAAGCGACGACCGCGUUCACGAACCGAACCUCAGUGUGUUUGUGAACAAAAAAAUCUCGGUUUCAGUGUCCUACAGAAAUCAACAGUCUGGUAUACAGUGAAACUAUUCACACAGCUUAGUUGCAUUGGUUAUAGGGCUGUUGUUUAGCAGUCAGUAUGGCGGUAGUCAUCAGGCUGCAGGGUCUGCCCAUAGUGGCUGGCACCAUGGACAUCAGACACUUCUUCUCUGGCCUCACCAUCCCUGACGGGGGAGUGCACAUCGUGGGGGGUGAGCAUGGCGAGGCCUUCAUUGUCUUUGCCACUGACGAGGAUGCGCGGCUGGGGAUGAUGCGUACAGGCGGGUCCAUUAAGACCUCCAAAGUGUCACUGUUGCUGAGCAGUAAGACAGAAAUGCAGAACAUGAUUGAACUCAGUCGCCGCAGGUUUGAGGCUGGAGCAGGUGCUGUCGAAACAGCUGCACCUACAGCAGGAAAUGCCAAUCGGCAAGCAACACCUAUAAGCACAGUGCAGCCAGGGGCAGGGGGAAGAAGUGGUAGUCAUGGACACCAGGGUUUCAGUAACACCUCAGCCUCAGUAACAGCAGCAAGUUCAACUCAGGAGCAAUCGAGCCACAAAGUAGCAGCCAGCUUGGCUAGUGUAGUGCCCUGCUUCCCCAACAGCUACAGCUCCACACCCACAAUCACCACAGCCCUGGCAUCACUCAAUGCAGGACCCCCACCCAUCCCUCCACUUCCCAGCAUGCCUUCUAUGCCGCCCAUGCCCACACUACCCAACAUUCCAGUGCCCCCUCCAGUGUCCUCCCUCCCCCCUGUCCCUACUCUCUCCCCCCUGUCCCAAGGACCUCCUGUGCCUCCUAUGUCCCACCUUGCCCACAUGACUUCCCUGCCUCCCUUCAACCCCUCCCUUCCUCCCCCAGCAGGACUUGGCCCCGGCCUCCCUCUUGGAAACCCCAACCCAAUGCUGUUUAAUCCUCUCUCUCCUCUGGCCUCUCUUGGCCUUCAGGCUCAUAUGAAGGCUGCCGCUGCCGCAGCCACUGGAGCAUUAGCAGCCAAUCCCGAUGAGCUGUUUGUCCUGCUGCAGAAUCUCCCGUUCACCUGCUCAGAGGUGGAGGUCAGGGAAUUUUUCCGUGGGUUGGCUGUGGAUGGGGUUCGCCUCGUGAGAGAUGGGCAUGGUCGGCCAACUGGCAGGGCUAUGGUCAAGUUCUACUCACCACAGGACAGCUAUGAAGCUGUGAAGCGAGGUGGUGGUAUGAUGGGCCAAAGGUUCAUUGAGAUCACCCCAUCUUCGGAAAGGCAGUGGGCCAGCCUCAAUGACGGUGUGAUAGGCCAUGCUCCUCACAAUAGCAGCAAAUUGGAUAACAAUGACUUGCAGGACCAGCUGCACCGUCGUGGUAAUGCUGCAUCUGGAGGCAGAGAUCAGCGAGGAAGGUCACGAUCUCCCCACCGGCAGGAAUUCUGUGUCUACCUAAAGGGCCUUCCAUAUGAGGCCGACAAGAAGCAGAUAAAGGAGUUCUUUAAGAACUUGUCCAUCUUGGAGGACAGCGUCUACAUCGCCUAUGGACCCAAUGGGCGAGCCACAGGGGAGGGCUUUCUUGAGUUCAGAACAGAACAGGACCACAAGACUGCUCUGGGUGCUCACAUGCAGUACAUGGGCACCCGCUUCAUCCAGGUCCAGCCAAUCAGUCGUAAGGGAAUGAUUGAAAAAAUUGAUUCGAUACGCAAACGUGAAGCAACACAGGGUGAUGGCAAGAGCCAGGAUGGCUUGAAAGCUCCCAGGAACUGCGCCCACAUCACCAACAUUCCUUAUAACAUCUCCAAGAAGGAUGUGCGUGCCUUCCUAGAGAAUGUGGGCCUUUAUGAGGACACCCUGAAGGUUCUGACAGAUAACCAUGGCAAUGGUUUAGGACAGGCUAUCUUCCAGCUGCGGACUGAAGAAGACGCCCGUAAAGCUGAAAGACUGCACCGUCAAAAACUCAAUGGUCGCGAUGCCUUUGUCCACCUGGUGACCUUUGAUCAGAUGAAAGAAAUUGAGAGGAAUCCUCCUCCUCAGAACAAGAGGGGCCAGCGCAACCAGAACCAGCAGAACCAAAAUCAGAGUCAGCACCAGCAAACCCAGCCCAGUCCCCAGCAGCCCCAGAUCAAUCCAUUUGCUGGAAUUAGUGGGGAGGAGUUUAACUUUCUCAGAAACACUAUGGGGAACCUCAACAGUGCCCCCUUUGUGACUCCAUUCUCAGCCCCAGGGAAUGGACUGGUAGGCCCUCCUCCUAUGCCUCCUCUGGCAGCAGGGCUGGGAGACGUGAAUCUGGGCGUGGCUCCUCCACUAGUUGCCGGUCUUCCUGGAUCUGCAAUCCUGGAGCCACCAGGCUUUCGAUCUGGAGCUGGGGGAGGAGCUCCAUUCAGUCAGGAUGGGUUAAGAGGCUUAGUGCCCUUUGAUAGUGCCAACAGAAAAGCAGGUGGAGGAGGGCAGAACCGAGGGGGAGGGGCAAACAGCAGCCAAGGACGUCCAGGUGGCGGGGCUACUGGUGGACAGCAGGUGUUCGCUGUAGCAACUGACGGCCUCCGUAACCAGCCACCCCCCGGCGGAUCCAACAAUCCCAAUAGUCAACGUGGUGCUGGUGGCCCGACAAUUGUAAAACUUCAGAACAUGCCAUUCACUGUAACCGUGGACGAGAUCAUGGACUUCUUCUAUGGCUAUCAGGUGUUGCAGGGUUCAGUCUGCCUGCAGUUCAAUGAGAAAGGCCUGCCAACUGGCGAGGCCAUGGUGGCCUUCCAGAACCACGAGGAGGCUGCUGCCGCUGUCAUGGACCUCAAUGACCGACCUAUUGGCGCUCGUAAGGUCAAGAUAAGCCUGGGUUAAAGUCCCACUCAAAACAGACUAACUGUAGAUAAAACAUGUAACCUGGAUCACCAAUCUGGGUGAAAGCAAACCAUACCUGUUUCUGGACUUAAAACUCAUCUUUCAACUGUUACUCAAUUUAGAUCUUAACCUGUCUGCUGACUGUCAGUUAUUACUUAAGUGCACCCUCCCCAUCCUCAUGUGAUGAUAAUGGAAGGUAAGCCCCGUCCCCUGCAGUCUGUUCAGUAGGAAGCCCCCCUCUCUUGCUUCUUUUCUGCAGCUCCUCCACUGACUCUCAUGGCACAAUCAUGAUGAUGAUAGCAGGUUUUUUGGUCUUAACCUUCUUUCUAGCGUUUGGUCAAAUUGUGUCCAGAGUUGACAAACUGAACGCACUCACCUGUUGUGUUGCUAUGGUAUCAUGUUGAUUACAAUGAGCCAUUCUUGCUUUUCCGCUUUAAUAUGCUGUGUGCUGCUGUGGUUUAAAAUUGACAUGCUUUGUUGCUAUGGUAGAAUAUUAACAUGCUCUGUUGCCAUGGUAAAAAAAAAAUUAUAAUGCAAAGCCACAGUACAACACCGUGAUAAAAUGUCAAUGCUCUGUUGCUAUGGUAAAAUCUUUACAUGCUCUGUUGCCAUGGUAAAACCUGUCGCUUUGGUAAAACAUGCUGUAGAUGAAACCACACAAAGAAAUGUCGGUGCACUGUUGCUGUGGUAAAGUCUUUGCAUUCUCUUCUGCUGUGAUAACAUUUUGGUGUAAAGCUAUGUUGCGGUGAUCAAAUGAUUGUGCUGUUGCUCUGGUGAAAUGUUGACAAGCCCUGUUGCUAUGGUAGAAAUUAUACUUUCAGCAAUCUCUGUUUCCAUUGUAAAAGCCUGACACCCUGUUGCUGUAGUAACAUGAAGCUACAUUUCCGUUGUGCAGUGCUCCGUGAAUGUGGGAAUGACAGAUUGCUUACUCACGUUUUAUUUUGUAAAUAAUAACCGGGGGCUGCCGAAUCCUUUUCCUUUGUCACAUUUUUCUGAUGUUGCUUGUGUUUCAAUAAUGCCACCACCCUUUCCACAGCACAUGCGCAGUAGGUGUUUGGACUGUAGAGUGUUGAGAUGAGGUCUAGCAUUUUUAGUUUGGUAGCUUUUUGUUGUAUGUGUGUUUGAUAAUGUUUUGGAUGUUUCCACUUUAAAGCUCAUUUUUUUGUUUCUACUGUCAGUGUGAACAAAUGUGUAUGAUCAUAUAACCAUACAUGAUGUGGAAUCGUCUUUGCUUUGGUUAAUAAAAGGACAUUCCUGAUGCACUAAUGCCCA